GAGGGGAAAUGAAAAGAAACUGGCUCCAGUGCGCAUGUGUGCGGAUGUGCUUUGGCACUCCAGGUAAAGAUGGCGGAGCGCGGUUACAGCUUUUCGCUGACUACAUUCAGCCCAUCUGGUAAACUUGUCCAGAUUGAAUAUGCCUUGGCUGCCGUAGCUGGAGGAGCCCCUUCAGUAGGAAUUAAGGCUGCAAAUGGUGUGGUGUUAGCAACUGAGAAGAAACAGAAAUCCAUUCUGUAUGAUGAGCGGAGUGUACACAAAGUGGAACCAAUUACCAAGCAUAUAGGCCUGGUGUAUAGCGGCAUGGGCCCAGAUUACAGAGUGCUGGUGCACAGAGCCCGGAAACUAGCUCAGCAAUACUAUCUCGUUUACCAAGAACCCAUCCCCACAGCUCAGCUUGUGCAGAGAGUCGCUUCAGUAAUGCAAGAAUACACUCAGUCAGGUGGCGUUCGUCCAUUUGGAGUUUCCCUGCUAAUUUGUGGUUGGAAUGAGGGGCGACCAUAUUUAUUUCAGUCAGAUCCGUCUGGAGCUUACUUUGCCUGGAAAGCCACAGCAAUGGGAAAGAACUAUGUGAACGGGAAGACUUUCCUCGAGAAAAGAUACAAUGAAGACCUGGAACUUGAAGAUGCCAUUCAUACAGCCAUAUUAACCCUAAAGGAAAGCUUUGAAGGACAGAUGACAGAAGACAACAUAGAGGUUGGAAUCUGCAAUGAAGCCGGAUUCAGGAGGCUCACUCCGACUGAAGUUAAGGAUUACUUGGCAGCCAUAGCAUAAUAACUGAGUGACUGAAAAAUCUGGAAUCUCAGAUAAUCCCUCUACUCAAACAUGUUUAAAGUAUGUUUUGUUUUGCAGACUUUUUGCAUACUUAUUUCUACAUGGUUUAAUGGACUGAUGUUUUUAAAAUGACACUUAUAAAUCAUAAUAAACUGUUAAAUCCAA